AGUGGAAGUAGAAAGGGGGGGAAAGAGUGAAAGGGCUGACGGCUUUUCAUAGGUCGACCCCCUCCUCUCUUCAUUUCAUUUCCUCUAAGAAUUCACUCUCCUUAGGAUGCGAUGAUCUAGUUUUAUAAUAUGUCAUCUCUAUAUAAGGAGUAAUUCCUUAUUCAUUGGUCAGUAUUGUUGUUUGAACGCGAGUGAAAUUCACAACUUGUUCUAAAACAGAAAACAAAAUGAUCUACACAACUACAGCAUCGUUACUUCUGAUGGCCACAGUAGCUCUGGCGCAAAGUCCAUACCAGAUAUUUGGUGAUGGAGGCGGAGGAGGAGGAGGACAAAUACCACUUGGUUUAGGAUCGCCUCAAGGAUUUGGUGCUGGAGGACACCCAUUUGGUGGAGCAUAUGGUGGCAUGCCUCUGUUCGCUGGAGGUGAAGGUGGCGGAUUUGGAAUGCCAGCUGGCCUUGGUUUUGGAGGACCCAUCUCAGCAUUUGGACCACCUGGAGGACCAGUACCAAGUCAAUUUGGUGGUGGUCCAGGAUACGGAGGUCCAUCUGGAUAUCCUGGAGGCAGCUAUGCCCCUCCCAGUUAUCCCAGCAGAGGUGGUGGGGGUGGUGGAAGUGGAGGAUACACCAUCCAAGGGAUUGGCCUUGGUGAACGAGGACUUGGAGGACUUGGAGGAAUCUCACUUGGUGGACGGUCCCUCACAAGCCUCCUCCAAAAUUUGGGGAGGUGAUGAGAUGAAGAUAGAUUAAGAAGACUGAAUGAAAGCAUAAUAAUAUAUGCCUGUAAAUAGGACUAUGCCUGUAUCUUUGACCAGGCAGUGGGGUUAUUGGUCUUAACCAUUAACAAAACUGCAUGCUUUUAUCUUUUCUAAGUCUUUUGUAAAUAAGAGUUCCUGAUUUUUCUGUUCUUAUUGUUGGAUGGAUGAAUGUGAUAUAUUUUAUUUGUUGUACAUAGACAUUAAUAAAUUGAUAAUUUUGUUUGUAUUGUA